GUUAAAAUAUUGUUUCUUUCUAUUUGUUAUCAUUUUCCAGUUCAAUGUACUGCGUUGUAUUGCGUUUAUAAAAUAUUUUUAUUUGUGUUAUGCGCUAAAUGAGUAAUGAACUCUAAUGUAGAGGAGAAAUCGAAAGUGAAAAGCAAAACGAUCGUCCUUCUUUAGUGUUCGUCAGCUGACUUUGACAGCAAAACAAUGUUUUUCAGGGUUCGAAGUUCUGUACAGUCCGUAGUGUAAUUUUAUCCCUAAAAGUGUGUAACUGUGUAAUAAAUGGUGCAGUGAAAAUGAUCUCCCAAAGUUCCACUUGGUUUUUAGCUAUUACUAUAUUUUUAUUAUGUGUAGUAAAAAAUAUUACCGGUGAAGAUAAGAUAACAAUACCUAUAAAUAAGACAACAACCUGGCCUAAUAGACUACUUUACAGUGGGUUUUUUAAUAUCACUCGCUCGUCCUCUGUCAAAGUAAAUUUUAAUAAUAUAGACAAAAAUGUAUCAUUUGUUAUAUUCCAAGUGCAUAGUCAUUUGUAUGAUAUAACAGUAUAUAACAACACCUAUGUAAAAGGCUCUUAUGUUUCGGGAACAAAUGUUGGCCUCUACAGUUCGGUUAAACCAAAAAUGGAUACUUUUUAUGUAUACAACCAGAAUAAAGAUGUUGAUUUAAAAGUUCUUGUAACACUUCUUGGAUAUAGAUAUCAAGAUCCUAUACCUGGAGGUUGUAACAUGGAGUUUCCAAUCCCUGUAUCUCCAUUUUUGACCACAAAACUGAACAAAGACUAUGUUGUUGUUGAUACCGCACCAGCCAGAUAUUAUUCAGAUGAUAAGUGUCUCAAUGUCGUAAAAGUUAAGGUCGAAUUUUAUAUGAUGUACUUACCAACGGGAAAUUACGAUGCUGAUACCUAUUUUGAGGGUAUUAUGAAAAUGAUGACUUAUGAUAACAUCAGAGAAAAUGCAAAUUGGAUACCGCUAAGCUCAAUAGCGUGGCGCAUGCGUCGCAUGUUGAGUUUGUACCCUGGGACCGGCGCGGUAUACGUGGCGGUGGCCCAAAACUCCGACAACCCCAAUUACUACUCAGUUUACGUGCCCACGGCCACUUAUGGUUGCCAGCCGGUCGACGAUGGCUGUGAGCUCAUCGAUGAUGUUCUAUCAAGAUUUAUAUGCGCCAUGUUGCUAUUCGUGGGCAUUUUCGUGUGUUAUUUCGGCCAUCGUUUCUUCAAGACUGAGAUGUUCCUAAUGGGGAUGUUGGGCGGAUUCGUGCUCACUUACAUAGUUAUAUCUACGCAAGUCACAUUGGAUACAUUUGCUUUACUUAUGGCGUCAAUUAUCUCUGGAAUAUUCUUUGGUGCUUUCUGGUUGACAUUCUGGUGGUACUACGGGAUUCCGGUGAUCGCCGUGUCCUUGCCCGCCCUUAACCUGGGCUUUCUGUUGUCAGCCAUCGUCUACAGCCAGAUUCCGGGUCCAGGUUAUCUACCAGUACUGCAAGACGACUCCAAUUUUUGGGUCCUAUUUAUCAUAAUAAUGUCUGUGGCAUCACUAAUCCUGGUCUCGCUAGCAUUCGUGUCCAAUUUCGUUUGCUGUGCAAUACUCGGCGCGUACGCUAUAGUAUACCCUAUCGACUUCUACUUAGGGUCUAACAUCAAGUAUAUCAUCAUCAACACUAUCAGAAGAGCUACGGUGCCUAAGUUUAAUCUUGCUAUGCUCAAUACACCAUUUCAAUGGAGAGAUGGAAUAGUGGUGGCGUUAUGGAUAGGGCUAGCGGUCAGUGGGUUCCUGUUCCAAGCGCACCAAAACCGCGGACGCCCCCCCUUCCCCCCUCCGCCCAGAAGUGUCCGUCAAGAGAGACCAGAACCCUCGGGCUAUGGCGCCGUGCCAGCCACUAUCAGAAACUUCGUCUCAUCUCUCAGUUCAGCCGCGCGCCGCAAUGGAAGCGACGAAAGAACUCCUUUACUGGCCUAGGUGAUGUCUUUAUUAUUUUUAUUUUAUACGAAAUAAGUAUUUUAAAACAACCAAAAAAUGCACCAACAUAAAAAAAAUUAAAUAUUCCUAGGCUUAUAUUUUCUUAGCAGACCUAUGGCCUACUUUUUUGCGUUAGGCGAUUAUCACACUGCACCGCGCUCCGCCGCGGUACGUGGGACGACUGAUUUA